GAGUGGUUGUGUUUAGCUUCGCAGAGUGGCUGGUCAUGGGCUGAGCUUGGCGGGGUCCAGGGUUGCGGCGUGGCCGGCCGGACAUCAGGCGGCCGCAGUGACGGCGCUGGAAGAGGCCUGGCCCCGAGGAUGGAGAGAGCCAUGGAGCAGCUGAACCGUCUCACCAGGUCCCUGCGUCGCGCCCGCACCAUCGAGCUGCCGGAGGAUAGUGAAACUGCUGUUUACACUUUAAUGCCAAUGGUAAUGGCUGAUCAACACAGAUCUGUUUCAGAGUUGCUGUCAAAUUCAAAGUUUGAUGUCAAUUAUGCAUUUGGACGUGUGAAGAGGAGCUUGCUUCAUAUUGCAGCUAAUUGUGGGUCAGUUGAAUGUCUAAUUCUGCUGCUAAAGAAAGGUGCAAACCCCAAUUACCAGGAUAUUUCUGGGUGCACUCCACUUCAUUUAGCUGCUCGGAAUGGCCAGAAAAAGUGUAUGAGCAAGCUACUGGAAUAUAAUGCUGAUGUCAACAUUUGUAAUAAUGAAGGUCUGACAGCAAUCCAUUGGCUUGCUGUUAAUGGACGAACAGAAUUGCUUCAUGAUCUUGUACAGCAUGUUGCCAAUGUAGAUGUUGAAGAUGCAAUGGGGCAGACCGCACUGCAUGUGGCGUGCCAAAAUGGCCAUAAGACGACCGUUCAAUGUCUUUUAGACAGUGGUGCGGAUAUUAACAGGCCCAAUGUUUCAGGAGCAACUCCCCUCUACUUUGCUUGCAGCCAUGGUCAAAGAGACACUGCACAGAUUCUUCUGAUGAGAGGAGCCAAAUAUUUGCCAGACAAAAAUGGAGUCACUCCACUUGAUCUUUGUGUGCAGGGUGGUUACGGAGAGACAUGUGAAAUUCUAAUACAGCAUCACCCUAGACUUUUUCAAACAAUUAUUCAGAUGACACAAAAUGAAGAUCUUAGAGAAAACAUGUUGCGCCAAGUCCUAGAACACUUAUCUCAGCAGAAUGAGAACCAGUACCUUAAAAUCUUAACUAGCCUUGCUGAGGUGGCUACUACAAAUGGUCAUAAAUUGCUUAGUUUGUCGAGUAAUUAUGAGGCACAAAUGAAGAGUCUGUUGAGGAUAGUGAGGAUUUUUUGCCAUGUCUUUCGUCUUGGCCCAUCCACUCCCAGUAAUGGAAAUGACAUGGGCUACAAUGGAAAUAAAACUCCGAGAAGUCAAGUGUUCAAGCCUCUGGAAUUACUCUGGCAUUCAUUAGGUGAAUGGCUAGCCCUAAUAUCAGCAGAAUUAAUGAAAGACAAAAGGAACUCUACCAACAUCACUUCUAUCUUGCUGAAGCCAAAGGGACCCAGUCAGCAAGAAGACAGCAUUCCUACACCUACCUUUGAAGUUGCUUCAACUGAGAAGAAAGCACUUUCUGCAGAAACAGAGGAAUCUAAAAUGUAUGAAGUUGGUAGGGCCCAGGAAGCUUAUGUGGAUUGCCAAGAUGUUAUUUCUGUGACAGCAAACCGGCUGAGUGCUGUCAUUCAAGCAUUUUAUAUGUGUUGCUCUUGUCAAAUGCCUCAGGGAAUGACAUCUCCUCGCUUCAUAGAGUUUGUCUGCAAACACGACAAUGUUCUUAAAUGCUUUGUAAACCGAAAUCCCGAAAUUAUAUUUGAUCACUUCCAUUUCCUUCUUGAAUGUCCUGAACUUAUGUCCAGAUUUAUGCACAUCAUAAAAGCCCAGCCUUUUAAAGAUCGCUGUGAAUGGUUUUAUGAGCACUUGCAUUCUGGACAGCCAGACUCCGACAUGGUUCAUAGGCCCGUCAGUGAAAGUGACAUUCUGUUGGUUCACAGAGAUUCUAUUUUUAGGAGCAGCUGUGAAGUUGUAUCUAAAGCAAAUUGUGUAAAGUUGAAGCAAGGGAUUGCUGUACGUUUCCAUGGUGAAGAGGGCAUGGGUCAAGGUGUGGUACGUGAAUGGUUUGAUAUCCUUUCCAAUGAGAUUGUUAACCCAGACUAUGCCCUUUUUACUCAGUCAGCUGAUGGAACAACUUUCCAGCCCAAUAGCAACUCUUCUGUGAAUCCUGAUCACUUGAACUAUUUUAGAUUUGCUGGACAAAUCUUGGGUUUAGCUCUUAAUCACAGACAACUAGUCAACAUUUACUUCACAAGAUCAUUUUACAAGCAUAUUCUUGGUAUUCCUGUAAACUAUCAGGAUGUGGCAUCUAUUGAUCCAGAGUAUGCAAAGAAUUUGCAGUGGAUUCUAGAUAAUGAUAUCAAUGACUUGGGGUUAGAGCUGACCUUCUCUGUGGAAACGGAUGUAUUUGGAGCAAUGGAAGAAGUGCCUUUGAAGCCUGGUGGUGCAAGCAUAAUUGUCACACAGGAAAACAAAGCUGAAUAUGUCCAACUUGUUACUGAGCUUCGCAUGACAAGAGCUAUUCAGCCUCAGAUAAAUGCUUUUCUGCAAGGCUUCCAUAUGUUCAUCCCUCCUUCUCUGGUACAGCUAUUUGAUGAAUAUGAACUGGAACUGUUGCUUUCAGGCAUGCCAGAAAUUGAUGUGAAUGACUGGUUUAAAAAUACAGAAUAUACAAGUGGCUAUGAAAGAGAUGACCCAGUUAUUCAGUGGUUUUGGGAAGUUGUAGAAGAACUGACUCAAGAAGAACGGGUGCUCCUAUUGCAGUUUGUCACUGGCAGUUCCAGGGUACCCCAUGGUGGCUUUGCCCAUAUAAUGGGUGGUAGUGGAUUGCAGAAUUUCACAAUUGCUGCUGUGCCAUAUAUACCAAAUCUGCUACCCACAUCAAGUACAUGUAUCAAUAUGCUGAAGUUGCCUGAAUAUCCUAAGAAAGAAAUCCUUAAGGACAGACUUCUUGUGGCAUUACAUUGUGGAAGCUAUGGGUAUACAAUGGCAUAACGAAGCAGGACAAUGUCUCUGAUUACUGAUGUGCAAUUCCUUGUGACAAAAAUGAUUUAGCAAUCUGUUAACAGGAGGGAGUUGGUGGUAGUCUUGAUUUGCAGUCCACAGGUAGCAUUGACUUUCACAAGUUGCAAAAGAUCCAGUGUGUCUCCUUCCUCUAUGCCAUCUAAGCCUGUGAUACUUUUCUAGAGGUAAUUCUGAAACUCAGUUUUUAAAUGGUGUUUCUCCAUUAAACAUGGCAUACAUCCCAGUCCAUCUCUCUAAUCUGUUUUUUUCAGAUCAUUCUGAAGCUGUUCUAGUUGUAACAGAUGUGAAACGUAGUAUUUGCCUUUCCACCCCAACUUCACCAUUAGUAAGGGUUGUGGUCCAGCACUAUAACACUAGUUGUCAGUGUUAUAUAGGCAGGAAGAUACUAGUCUGCUCCGUUGAUUAGUCUGAGAGCUGCACUUCGAGAAUCACUGUCUUUAACUUCCAAGGGCUUGCUCAUUCCUAUAAGAUGACAUAAAUACUAAGCAUGGUAGAAAUACUGUAUUCCUCUGACCAUGUAUCAUCUUGCAUUAAAAAAAAAAGUGAUGCAUUUAUUUUUUUUCUCCAGGGGACACUGAACAAAAUUAGUGUGCAAAAUAGCAAAUGUGAUUUAUUUUUUCCUGCUUAGUUUAAAUAAAUACUUUUUUAUUUUUCUAGUUAUUUAAUAUCUAAGUAUUUAAAAGGUUUAUUGGCAAAAAAAUUAAAUUUCUGGAAAUAAAAAAAAUUAAAAAUACUAUAUUAUACAUUUCAAAUGUACAACAUAGUCACAGCUGAAGUAUUUACAAUUUCAUGACCUUUGAAAACAUGUAUAUUUAUUUCAAAUGAAUAUUUUCCUUUAUUGGGGAGGGAGUCAUUUUCUGGUACCUGAACUUUGAGAAAAAUAUUCAUUAAAGUGAAAUAUUUUAUUGUAA